AAUUACAUGUUUGUAUUAGAGUAUGCAAACAAUGGUAAUUUGUGUGAUUACUUAAAAUCCAAUUUCAAUACAAUGGAUUGGAAUAUCAAAUUAAAAUUUGCAAAACAAAUUGUAAGUGCUGUAAGGCAUUUGCAUGAAAAUAAAAUAGUGCAUAGAGAUCUGCAUUCCAAAAAUAUUCUCAUUCAUAAUGGAAAUAUUAAAAUUUGUGAUUUUGGAAUCUCAAAAUUCUUAUUGGAUCCUUCAAUUGAGGUUUCUAAAAGAUUAGGCUCAAUAAAUUACUCAGAUCCACAAUAUUUAGGGAAUAUUGAAAAUUAUAGUUGCAAUGAAAAAUCUGAUAUAUAUAGUAUUGGAGUGCUUUUAUGGGAAAUUUCAAGUGGUCAUGCUCCAUUUGCAGAUAAGUCAGUCAAAUUCCCUGAUAUAAUGCUUGGCAUAAUAUCAGGUGAACAUGAAGCAAUAAUCAAGGGAACUCCAAGAAAAUAUGCAGAAAUAUAUACAGCAUGUUGGCAAGGAAACCCAGAUCUCCAUCCUCAUAUUCAUCAAGUUAUGCAGGAUUUAGACAAUGUUGAUGUAAAUUACACUAUUGAAGAUAUUGUUAAUUUAACAGAUCAAACUAAUAGUGAUGAUUUAUUAUAUUUAUUAUCAGCACAAAUUGAUAAUUUAAAUAACCACUUAAAGGAUCUAGAUAAUAUAGAUAUAACUGACAUUAUUAAUCCAACAGAUCAAACUAAUAAUGAAUUAUUCACAGAACUUCCAUUAUUGGCAUAA